UUCGCUGUUAUGGCUAAUCCCGUUCACAAAAAGUGUCCAAUUUACUUUUGGCAAACUUGAUUGAAUAACAAUAUCGAUUUAUUUUUGUUGUUUUGUUAUUCUGUGUUCUGCAUGUUUGUCCUAUCGAGUGUUGUAAAAUAGAAAAGAUGACGACAUUUCUCAUAACAAAACCGGUCUGGUAUUUAUAUGGACACAUUGACCUUUCAGUCGCAGUCUGGAGGGGGUGGGUAACAGAUAAAUAAUCUGAAAUAUCCGGAUCCCAUAACAGCACCAAGGAGCCUCUGAACCUGAGCUUUGAGGGCAGCGCGAGGCUCCAGAGGUCCGGGUCGUGGGGACCAGUACAGAUGCGCCGUGGGAGCGUGCGCCGCACGUAGACACCAGUCCUUAUGAAGAGGAGUCGUUCAAACCCAGUUUGCCUCCACACCGUCUGAAUGAGCCGCGAGCAACAGCCCUUCAAACGAUGUUCGUGCUACCUGUCAUCUGAAGGCAAUAACAAAAUGUAUAUUCCUUUUGGUGACAGUGACAGAAUAUUUUUCGGAGACCCACCCUGUUGCUGCUGCGUUUGAUGCAAGUGAUAUUUGGGAGCAGAAAACAACCGCCACGCUUUGGUCAUCUCAGGCAAUAGGAUUUAACGUGACAAACGCAUCGCUUUGUUUUUGGCCAUCAAAAGAGGCAUCCAUCUCCGUCUGCUGAGAGGAGUCACAAAUGAUCCAGCGAAGCCUAUAAAGAGGUGUGGGAAUUAGCUGUCACGGAGUCGACGGUAAGGAGCUACCAGUGGCUGCUUGUGUGUUUAUAAACACAGACAUUCUUAUAUUUGAAGGCAGAGAGAGGUAGACGGAGGGAGAGCCGUUUGACAAUACAGGAAGGUGACUUGGUUUGGUUAUGACUCUUCGGGGAACUGGCGCUGUCCGUUCAGCACCACUACAGUCACCUUGCACUGAAUGACACCUCACCGAGAAUGACUCCCCAGAAAACGACACGGGGUGUCACAACCGUGGAUUAAUUUCACAACGAAAACACAUGUGUGCUUUUAUAAUAGAGAUUAUUUAGCGUUUUGAGGUGUUCUUUCAAGAAAACCGUCGGCUGCCUUUUGGGUCUUUGUCUCUGGGCUUCUGUCUCUCUUGGACUGCUUGGGAAAUAAACAAAUCUUGCAUCUUACAAAGAUAAGCUUUUUGAAACAAAAGGAGCAUCUGCUCGCAUUGAAUAUAUUAAAAAAUAAUAUUAUUUUUUUAUACCAAGGGAUUUUUCUAUUUUUCCAUUCAACGUUUUGAUAGCUUGAAGACAUCCAGUUCCAGUGGAAGGCUGGUUACUAUUUUAUCUAUGCACAUGUGUUGCACAGGUUGCCCAGCUGUGUGUGUAGCCUCCUGAUAGUGUUGAGAUGGUCGGAGCGGACUCGAGACAUGCCUAAGGGACGCGAUGGGCCAUAGUGACGAGAAGGAUCGCAUAGUGAUAAACGUGGGAGGGAUCAAACACCAGACCUACCGCGGGACCCUACGCACGCUUCCCGGCACGCGCCUUGCCUGGCUAGCGGAGCCGGAUGCGAACGAGAACUUCGACUAUGACGCCCAGAUUGGAGAGUUUUUCUUCGACCGCCACCCGGGCGUUUUCGCGCACAUCCUCAACUACUACCGGACCGGGAAGCUGCACUGCCCGGCGGACGUGUGCGGACCGCUUUACGAGGAAGAAUUGGCUUUCUGGGGCAUUGAUGAGACCGACGUAGAGCCAUGUUGCUGGAUGACCUACCGCCAGCAUCGGGAGGCCGAAGAGGCGCUGGAAAGCUUCGGUGGCGCCGGCCACGACUCAGGCAACAGAGAACCUGAGGAUGAUACUGUGGCGGAGGUGGCUGAGGGCGACGAGGGUGUUGAAAUGACCCGGAGGCUUGCUCAGGGGGACUCACCCAACAGACCCGGUCGCUGGAGCCGCUGGCAGAAGCAUCUCUGGGCACUCUUUGAGGACCCAUACUCAUCUAAAUAUGCAAGGUGGACGGCUUUUGCAUCCCUCUUCUUCAUCCUGUUGUCCAUCACCACCUUCUGCCUGGAGACCCAUGAAGCCUUCAACCCCAUCAGCAACAGUACCGUGGUGGAGGUGGUGGGCAACGACACAGUGGUGCACUUCUACCAGGAGACGGAGACCAGGGUGGAGCUGACCUACGUGGAGGGUUUGUGCGUGAUCUGGUUCACCUUUGAGUUUUUUGUGCGCAUAUUAUCAUGUCCGGACAAGGUCAAGUUCAUUUGCAACACGCUGAACAUCAUCGACUUCGUGGCCAUCCUGCCCUUCUACCUGGAGGUGGGCCUGAGCGGGCUCUCGUCCAAGGCGGCCAAGGACGUGCUGGGCUUCCUGCGAGUGGUGCGCUUCGUGCGCAUCCUGCGGAUCUUCAAACUGACGCGCCACUUUGUGGGGCUACGUGUACUGGGCCACACGCUGCGCGCCAGCGCCAACGAGUUCAUCCUGCUCAUCAUCUUCCUCGCCCUGGGCGUCCUCAUCUUCGCCACCAUGAUCUACUAUGCCGAGCGUGUCGGCGCCAACCCCAACGACCCGCGCGCCUCCGAUCACACCCAUUUCAAGAACAUCCCCAUUGGCUUCUGGUGGGCAGUGGUCACCAUGACGACUCUCGGCUACGGCGACAUGUACCCACAGACGACGACAGGCAUGAUUGUGGGCGCGUUCUGCGCCCUCUCUGGCGUGCUCACCAUUGCCAUGCCCGUGCCCGUUAUCGUCAACAACUUUGGCAUGUACUACUCUCUGGCCAUGGCCAAGCAGAAGCUACCAAAGAAAAAGAACCGAUACAUCCCGCGCGCUCCCGUCCUCGGAUCCCCCAACUACUGUAAGUCUGUCAUCAACUCACCUCGUCACAGUAACCACAGCGACCCGUGCCCCCUGGCCCAGGAAGAGCUCUCAGAGAUACGAUACCAAGCCAGCCUCUCUGUGGAUCACAAGAAUAAGACAGAUUUUAAAGUGAACGGCGAGGCGUCCAAAGCAGCUUUAGCCAACGAGGACUGUCCUCACAUCGACCAAGCGGUUUCCCCAGAGGAGGCUUUCAGCCCGGUGGAGAGGGCUGAGCGGCCUUGCUUCCUGCUGACCUCUGGAGAACGAGCCAAUCACACAGGCGGAAGAGUCAGGAAAGAAUCGCAGCGGCGCCGCCGGAACAGACAGCCCGCAGAGUCAGUGUGUGUCAUGAGUCAUGGUGUGCCAACCACUAUGUGCAUGAACCCCACAGCCAAAUCACCUACCUGAGAACGCUGUUAACAGUGUGUGUGUGUGUGUGUGUGAGAGAGAUAGAGAGAGAAAGAGAGAGAGUGAGAAUGUGUGUGUGUGUUUGUGUGUGUACAGUAGAUCAGCAUCUUCCUCCUGGGUGUGUGGCAGAGACUAUUUCAGCAUAGAUGUAGCCGCCGUAGUGCAGAUGAAACAUUGUUGUCUAGCCGUACAGUAGCCCUGUUACAGUGGAGUGCUUGUUUUUGUGCUGUUGUACUGUGUAAAGUGCCUAUGUUUUGGUCUGAAUGUGUAAUCAGGUGUGUAUGUGCGUGCGUGUGUGUGUGUCUGAGUGGGAAUGUGUGUAUAAGUGUGUGUUUUUGCGUGUCGGUGUUGUAAAUAUGUUUGGUUCCACUCCCAUUUCUUGCUCUGAUGUGGUGUAUCCAGACUGUGAUUUCUGUUAGAGGGACUAGGACACGUUUCUGUUCUUCAGUGUGCUUCUGUUUAAAUGUUGCUAAAAUGUUGCUCCAAUACGACUCACCCUAGAUGUAACACUAGCAUACACCCCACUCAGACCAUGUGCACUAGACCAGGGCAUAGCCUCAUCUAGAAAAAGAAAAUGGGGAAACAAAACCCUAAAUAUUUUAGGUUAUGGCAGCUGCCAUAGUAGAUGCGUCAUUAAUGCCUUUUUUUGCACCUUUUGCACCUGUGAACUUUUACAUUCCAAUAUGAGUUAGACAUUUAAAAAAAAACAACAACAUUCAGUUGUCUUCCCAAAAAGCUACACGUGUUUAUUACAGAUAUAGAACUACUUUAGACUGCAUCACUAGACAACAACAUUUUAGCAUGGUUUAGCAUGGUCACAGAUAUAACAUAGAUAUGGUAAAAUAUCUUAGUCAACCUAGCAAUUUAAUUUGUGGAGAGCAACAUCACACCUUUCAAAGUUAAGUAUCAAAUCUCAUGAGCCUCAGCAAGCCAAUAAUGCUUCAUGACUUCUUUUGCCAACAUCGGUAAACAGUCACUGUAUAAUGUUGCUCAUUUCGUAUCCAAAGGCUAGCAGCAGCUUCUCACCCAGCCAAUCAUCAAUGCUUCAGUAAUUAAGACAGGAUUUUGAUCUUAGAAUAGCUUCAUAUAUCUAAUAUGUAGGACCCUUCAAAGAUAAUUUGAUUAGGGUGAUAGGCCAGUAUAAGUUUAAUAAUAGUGUCAAGCUAGAUGCCACCUUUUUAAGGGUUUGUCUGAAGUUAAUUUCCCUGUCCUUGCGUCUCAUUAGUGUCUCACACAACCAAUAUGGGCGGAUGCAAAAUAGGAAGCAGAACAUGAAAGACAAAAGGAACCUACACUGUGUCUUAUAAUCACUGAAACCUCGCUGGCAUUUGUAGUCCUUGUUUUAAAAUGAGAAGUGCCCCCCCCCCCCGACAUACAAACACACCUUUUAGGGACCAGCACUGAGAUAACAACCACUGCAAACACACUGCCAAAAACAUCUCCAGGAUGUCACCAUGGGGAUUCAGAGGGAAAAACUGAACAGGAACCUUAACAGCACAAACAGACGAGGAUCGUGCCUUCCCACGGGUCAACUCAGGCCUGAAGGGAAAUACUCAACAUCAGUUCAGAUCUUCAAAGGUACCGACGCCAAAAUAAUAAUGAUAAAAAAAACACAACUUCAGAAACGGCAAUAUCUACUGUGAAUACUUUCCCACAGGUCAUCGAUGUGUGUUUCUUGAACAGCCAAAUGUGUUGGUAUCUAACCAUGGUGUUGUUCCAUUGGUAGUUUCAGUUGACUUGCUGAGUUGUUUGGGCAAUAUUUUGUGUCUCUUUUCUGAGAAUAAUGAAUAAAAAUAAACAAUGAGAAACACUAAUAAAAAAUGCUAAAAACA